CUGCGCCUCACCAGCCCUUAGUAUCAAGCUGCGGGGUCCUCCUUCUCCUUACUCAUGACACCACCAUCGUCAGUUGCCACUUCAGUUUUCAGGACUUCUCAUUUAGGGAAUCCCGAAAGAAUGAUGUGCUUCUAGCAAAUGAGUAUCCGCCUAUCCCCGCUGAGCCGAACCGCAAUGACAAGCACUUAAAUGUGCUGAUAUAACGCUGUUGUUCGUCACAGAGCUCUCCAAACCAGUCAUUUCUUCAUCAUUCAUUGCUUCCAUCUUUUUGAUACACCAGCAUCGCCAGUAUCUUGUUAGCUAUGAGUGUCAAGGUCCAAUCACAGACUAAUCCCGGCCUCACGAUCUCCAAAGAUCGAUGUGAGCCUGGUUCCGUCAACAUCCCACUAUGCAAGUGGCCCAAAACAGCCAAGACCAAAGUUGCAGAUCCGAGUGAGAUUGCCACUAAGAUCGUAGAAUCCUUCAACACGGCUCUCAAAAAUGAGGACACCAAAGCAAUAGCCCAGCUUUUCUUGGCCGAUGGCUAUUGGCGAGAUCAUCUAGGUGUUUCUUGGGAGCUUCACACCUCGAAAGGCCGUGACAAAAUUUUGGCAUUCCUGGCCGAUGGCUGUCCUUUGACUGAGAUCAAAAUCGACAACAGUACACCCUACCGAGCUCCUCACUUCGCCCCAUUCGACGGUAAAGGAGAUGUGGAAGGAGUGCAAUUCUUCUUUACCUUUACCUCCAAAGCCGGUGAGGGCCGAGGUCUGGCUCGUCUGUCCGAGCAAGAUGGUCAGUGGAAGAUCUUUACCUUCUUCACCACCCUGAACGACAUCAAGGGUCAUGAACAAGCAAUCUACCAUCGCAGGACCAAGGGCGUCGAGCAUGGUGGAAAGCCAGACAGAAAGAAUUGGCAGGAAAGACGGACUGCCGCGAUUAAUUUCGAAGGCAAGGAACCAACCGUGUUGAUUGUUGGAGCUGGGCAAGCUGGCUUGACAGUAGGAGCUCGACUACAGAUGCUCGGCGUCGACACUCUCAUUGUCGAUCGAGAAGAUGCCAUUGGCGACAACUGGAGACGACGAUAUCACCAGCUCGUCCUGCAUGAUCCGGUCUGGUAUGAUCAUAUGCCGUAUUUGAACUUUCCUCCUCACUGGCCGAUCUUCACUCCCAAGGACAAAUUGGCGGAAUGGUUCGAUUCAUACGCAAAGCUCCUUGAGUUGAAUGUCUGGGUCCAGACCACUCUCGAGUCGACUUCUUGGGACGAAAGCAAGAAAGAAUGGACCGUCAAAGUCAAGCGGACCAAGGCUGACGGAACCACCGAGGCUCGCACACUUCAUCCAAAGCACGUCAUUCAAGCCACAGGACAUUCAGGAAAGAAGAACUUUCCCUCCCACAUCAAAGGCCUCUCCGAUUUCAAAGGCGAUGUACUCUGUCAUUCUUCCGAGUUCAGAGGAGCCAGAAUAGAAGGCAAGGGCAAAAAGGCCGUAGUGGUGGGAUCAUGCAAUUCCGGCCACGACAUCGCCCAAGAUUUCUACGAAAAGGGGUACGACGUCACACUUGUCCAACGAUCAACAACAUGUGUCAUUUCCAGCGAGGCCAUUACCGAAAUCGGCUUGAAGGGCGUUUACUCCGAAGACGGACCACCAGUUGACGAUGCCGACAUGUGGCUACACAGUUUGCCAAGCGAAGUCCUCAAAGCGUUGCAAGUCAACGUCACGGCCGCACAGGCCGAAUUCGACAAGAAGACCUUGGACGGUCUCACCAAGGCUGGGUUCAAAUUGGACCGUGGCCCCGAAGAUGCGGGAUUGUUUAUGAAGUACUUCCAACGCGGCGGAGGGUAUUACAUCGACGUCGGUGGUUCUCAACUCAUCAUCGACGGUAAGAUCAAGGUCAAGCAGGGUCAAGAAAUCGAAGAGGUUUUGGCUCGUGGAUUGCGAUUCGCGGAUGGAAGUGAGCUUGAAGCGGAUGAGAUCAUCUUUGCAACUGGUUAUUCAAACAUGCGAACACAAGCAAGAGAAAUCUUUGGUGAUGAACUUGCGGACCGAGUCGGUGAUAUUUGGGGUUAUGAUUCCGAAGGUGAAAUGAGGACAAUCUGGAGAAAAUCAGGACACCCAGGGUUCUGGUUCAUGGGUGGAAAUCUUGCUCUGUGUAGAUAUUAUUCCAAGGUCCUGGCUCUUCAGAUCAAAGGUCUAUUGGAGGGAUUGUACAAGUAUUAAGUAGACUUGCUCAACUUGCUACUUUCUUAAGGGUGUUUGGCAGAGACGUCAGCAAGGGUUGGGACAGCAUUACAAGCCCA